UCCAUAUGUGGAUUUUCAUUGCUCAGAUCCCUCUCCCCCUUCCCCCAGUUAUUUAAACGUCAAACGUAGGCUGCUAGGAGAGGGUGUUUGUAAUCCCAGUGAGGCUUCAACAGCAAAAAUAGAUUCUCUUUCCGGGACGUCUUUGCUGUUAACAACCUCAGGACCCUAGAUUUCACCCCUUAACCUGCCUCUACUAAGUACGUGGCAUUCCGAUCUGACCGUAGCAUUUGGCCAUCACACGGGUGGCCGUGCAAGACUCUGGCUGGUUUUGCUGCGGUAGGAAGUGCUGACCCCCCAGCUGGCAUGUCUGGUACCGCGCGUGCUUUCCUCUGUUACACCCUCUUGAAUACUCCAUCACUGUAGAUAUUUGAUCUUGAGUUCGCUGAGAAUAUCCACAUGGCCUCGCUUUUUCCAGGCUCUUCAGGUGAGAUGUACACAGAAGUUUUGGGGUGUAUAUCUGGGAAGCUACAUUAUGCGAACAUGCACGCAAUACAAUGAAUGUGUUAUUAUACGAUUAAGAAGUCGAUGGUAUGUUAUGAAGCGUCAUCAGAACUGAGUCUUUAGUGAACAUUGAUCAAAAUGACGAGGUACAGAGACGGUCGUGGUCGGUGGGGAAGUGAAAUAGCCACACAGUCUCCGCCAAUGAGGUUUUUGUACAGUAGGGAGAAAUGGGAGAAAAAAGUGAAGGAUCACUAUGGACCGGAAAAGGGAAAAGGCUUCUGGCAGACAGGGAAGCUUUCACUGAUGCUUUAAAAAUAGACAUGGGGAAAAGAAAGAAAACUCCAUGGGCUUAGGGAAAGGCCUGAAUGAAAGAAAGACAAGGACUCGCCCUCCCUGGGGGUUAACUGAAGGUUAGUGAAUUAUGGGCAGAAUGUGUAACAGAUAACUCUUGAAGCAUCCGAUUGGACAGAUGCUUAAAUACUUAGCUUGGUGCUUGGAACACAGAACUCAAAAUAAGACCGAUGAGGAUGGGCAGUAGCAGAAGGGGGAGCAGGCACAUCAGAUGUGGUAGAGGAUUUCAAGAUUCUUCAACAAGUGGGUAACGCUUGUUUCUCCCAGCCUCAGAAAGAUGACUUCACAGACAGCCCAGGAUCUUAUGUGAAGGAAGCCAGUCUCUCUGUCGCAGGACAGGUGACCCCCCCACUGCAGCCCUUGGACAGAGCCCUCUGUUUGCCGAGCACCAUGCCAGCUUCCAACAGCAGUGAGCCCGGGCUCCCGGCCGCCCUCCUCCUGACGGGGGUCCCAGGGCUGGAGUGGGCCCACCCCUGGAUCGCCCUCCCCUUCUGUGCGUUGUAUCUGGUGGCGCUGGCUGGGAACACCACCCUCGUCCUGGUCAUAGUGACGGACAGGACCCUGCACGCCCCCGUGUACCUCUUCCUUUGCCUUCUCUCGCUCACCGACUUGGCUCUCAGCUCCACCACUGUGCCCAAGACGCUGGCCAUUCUGUGGCUGCAGGCGGGCGAGAUUUCCUCUGCUGGGUGCCUGGCCCAGAUGUUCUGUGUCCAUUCUAUCUACGCUCUCGAGUCCUCGGUGCUUCUCGCCAUGGCCUUUGACCGCUAUGUGGCUGUCUGCCACCCGCUGAGAUACACGACCAUUCUCAACCACGCCGUCAUAGGCAGAAUCGGCCUUUUGGGGAUAUGCCGGAGUAUAACUGUUGUCUCACCUUUAAUCUUCUUGCUGAGGCGACUCCCAUAUUGUGGUCACCGUGUCAUGGCACACACCUACUGUGAGCACAUGGGCGUUGCCCGACUGGCCUGUGCCGACAUCACUGUCAAUAUUGUCUAUGGGCUGACUGUGGCUCUUCUGGCCAUGGGUCUGGAUUCCAUCCUCAUUGCCGUCUCCUAUGGCUUUAUCCUCCGUGCUGUCUUCUGCCUUCCAUCCCGUGAUGCCCAGCACAAGGCUCUGAGUACCUGUGGCUCCCACCUGGGGGUCAUCGUGGCCUUCUACGUGCCUGCCUUCUUCUCCUUCCUCACCCAUCGCUUUGGCCAACACCGAGUCCCCAGGCACGUGCACAUCUUUCUGGCUAAUCUCUAUGUGCUGGUCCCGCCUGUGCUCAACCCCAUCAUCUAUGGGGCCAGGACCACGGAGAUUCGGAGUCGACUUCCAAGACUGCUUCACUUGGCGAAAAUUUCGGUAUGAAUUCUGAUCUGAGGUUGGAAAUGAGAAAAACAAAUCUGGAUUCGUUUUCAUGAGUGGAGACUCCUCUUAUGAGAGGAAUGUGUUUCCAUGGGAGGACUAGAAGGAUACGGAAAGGUCAGAGAACCUGGCGUUACCAAUAAGCACAUUGAAUAUACCUUAUUUCUGAGGCUCCUUGAGCAAUUCUGAACAGCCCAGAAAGAUAUUUUUACUCCUGGAAAUAAUUUUCAAAGAGCAAUAACUGUACCUUCAGUGAACUUCACUGGCUAUGAUACUGCCAAUGCACAAAGCUCCUAAUAUAGUAAAAACCAGGUCAGUGACUGUUAUUGAAAGGAGUCUGGGUGCCACGGUGGGAACGGUCUUCCUCGAGUGCAGGUAGCAGAGGACAGGAACACCAGAAGUACAUCUAGUCUGAAUCCAGGACUUUGGGCAGUGAUAAAAGCACAAGAUCUAAGGUCAGAGUACCUGGGUUCGAAUCCUGGCUCCUCCACUUCCUCGUUUUUGGAGCAUUGAGAAUGUUCCUAAUCCGUCUCUGCCUCAGUUUGGCCAGUUGCUAAAUGGAGGGUAACGUUAAUGUCUAACUCUUAACGUUGUGGUGGGGAAAAAAAAAUCAUUGAGUGUAGACAAGAGAAGACCCUCCCUGACAUGAAAAUGCUGAGUCAGUAAGGAUGAGAAAGUUGUGCUCUCUCUCUAAACAUUUUUAGAGAGGUGAAACAGAUUUAGGAUUGUUUUAUAUGACAUUCUGCAGGGUUACUGUGAUAACAAUAUUAUAUAACAAUUUUAAAGUAUGUGGACAGUCCUUGGGAUAGGAGUAGGGCUGAUUAAAAGUAUAUUUUUCUCAAAAUCAGCAGCCAAGGGGAAGGUAUAGCACAAGACUCUUACUCUCCAUAGUUCUUCUUGCUGACCAAAGUUCAGCUUGCACAUACCAUACGUAGCAGACAAACAGAAGAUGUUGCAGCCCCGGCUGCAAACUCUACUUCUUAAAGCUCUUUUAGGAAUUUUGGGGGGCUCUCUUAUCAUCCUAAAGCUAGAAUGCAAUAGUUCCCAGAGAAAGAAAGUCAUUUAUAGAAGCCAGUAGCUGCUAUCAAACUGGAGGUAGUAGGGUUUGGCCCCCAGGAAUACAGCUAAUAAGACUGAGAAGGUCUCUUACUCCACGGAGAUAUCUGCCCACUGGACCCUGCAGGAUGGAGGAGGGUAAAGCAUUUUUCUU